CAUCUGAAUACUUAACACGUCCUAAUUAACAAGCCUUUGAAAUGAUUUUCUAUUCAAACAUUUUACGGCGUACAUGAUUCACAGUCAAGCGCGAAAAUGAUAAAGGUUUGAGAAGUGGUAAUGUUAAUCAUUAUUAGAAGCAUGCAGAAACGAAAACAAUGGUGGAAGGGUUAUUGAGUAUUUGGAGACAAACUGGCGACCGACCAUUAUGCGAAAAAUAAACAAAUGUUCAAUCGAUAUCAUGGGUCGUGUGUGGUGUUCAUUAAAAGGAGUGUGGACGUGCUCCUCUAAAUAUAUCUUUCUAUGCAUACGAGAGCCACUCUCCCAAGCAGCGACAUUAACGUGGAAAAUGGGUCGAAGAUAGAUAGAAGACGUUUAGAAAUAUCAUCUUCUACGAUGGAAAAAGAGGAGGAGAAAGCCGCUAGUGAGGAUUAUUCAGAUGUCAGGCGAAGCAAGAGACCGGCAAAAAUAAAGAAGGAAAAGGAAGUUGAAUUUUUCGGUACGUUUCAAAAGAAAAAGAAAUCAUCUUACCCAGCCGAUGUCCGAAUUGAUGGGCGAGUGAAUGAUAUUGGAAAGAUUCUAAGGUUUGCAAAUGGUUUCAUUAAUAAUGGAAAGAAAAUGUCGGGCCAAAAUGCUCAAAAAAGCAAUCUUCAGGAAAUCUCUUGUUAUGCCGGGCAAGGAAUUCUUCGGGAAAAUGAAGCACUGGAGGAGAAAACCAACGCAUUCGCCAAAGACUUCAACAAGAACAUUGACUCGUCCUCGGACGAAGCCAAGCGGGUGUCGGGUUCAGCGCUCAAAAAAAGUUCCCAUGUGAAUAAAGCAAAUGAACUAAAUGAUACAGGCGCUAAGAGUCGCUCAGACAAGGCCAUCCAUAAAUGCAAUCAGUGUGGCAAAAUUUUUAAGACCAAAUACACCUUGUCCAUUCACUUAAAAAUGCCAGAUCAUACUCAGAGUCGGCCAUUUGUUUGCAACGUUUGCGGAAAAGGUUUCCGUCUGUCCAGCACCUUGUGCAGGCACAAGAUCAUUCACACAGAGAAAAAACCGCAUAAAUGCGAUGAGUGUGGAAAGAGUUUUAACCGCUCUUCCACACUUAAGACUCAUCUCCGAACACACAGCGACAAGAAAGCCUUCAUCUGCGACAUUUGCGGGAAAGGAUUUCAUCAAAAGGGAAAUUUGCGAAACCAUAUUAUGAUUCACACGGGAGAGAAGCCAUUUCGAUGCAACCAGUGUAAUCGCGCUUUCAACAAGAUGUCUAAUCUAAAGUUUCAUAUGCAUACCCAUUCUGACAACUUGCCUUACCACUGUCGAACCUGUAGAAAGCGAUUUUCAAAAAAGAUUGAUUUAAAAGAGCACGUUGAAGAAGCUCACUAAGAACAUUAAGGAGAGGAAACAUAUGAACUUAUCCAGACUUUAUUAAACGCGAUUCCGCGAAAGCUUAAAAUCUUUAAGGUUUUUUAGGUGAUUGCUUCGUAAUUUUAACUCGCGCGAGGGAGCAUGUGUGUAGCAAUUUGUAAAAAAAUUAAAUAUUUGCACUUCAUCUUAACAAGAUCAGCAGUAAUUAUCGAAACUUAGAGAGCGACAGGCUAAAACUGAGUUUACCAACCCUGUCAAUGUUGACUUGAAUUGCAAAAGAUUCGCUUGUAUAGAAAUUCAAACCAAUUGCUCAAACUUCGUCCAAAUUUUUUCCUUUGUUGUCCUUUUUAUAUUACUUAAGCACAAUUUUAAUAGCGACGAAAGCGAAGAUUUCGCGUGAAGAAAUAAUAUCUACUCAUACGAAGGGUAGUAGCUAUAACCAGGCAAUAUAAGUGAAAUUUUUAACAAUGUUUUCACACCUAAUUUUGUUAACAUUAUCAGUAAUGGCAUAACAUGUACAUUGAAGUCAAAUAAAUA